GGCCACCCGCAGGUAGUGGUGUCGAGCCCCGAGCUCGGAGAACCGAGCUGGGUGAGGGCUCGUUGGUGGCGGCGCAGUCUCGGUAGGCGGUAUGAGUUUGGCUGGGGGCCGGGCCCCUCGGAAGACCGCUGGGAACAGGCUUUCUGGGCUUCUGGAGGCAGAAGAGGAAGAUGAGUUCUACCAGACGACUUAUGGGGGUUUCACAGAGGAAUCCGGAGACGAUGAGUAUCAAGGAGACCAGUCAGAUACAGAAGAUGAGGUGGACUCUGACUUUGACAUAGAUGAAGGGGAUGAACCAUCCAGUGAUGGAGAAGCAGAAGAGCCAAGAAGGAAGCGCCGAGUAGUCACCAAAGCCUAUAAGGAGCCUCUUAAGAGCUUGAGGCCUCGAAAGGUCAACACCCCAGCUGGUAGCUCUCAGAAGGCCCGAGAAGAGAAGGCACUGCUACCACUAGAACUACAGGAUGAUGGUUCUGACAGUCGGAAGUCCAUGCGUCAGUCUACAGCUGAGCAUACACGACAAACAUUCCUUCGGGUACAGGAGAGGCAGGGCCAGUCCCGCCGGCGAAAGGGGCCUCACUGUGAGCGGCCACUGACCCAGGAGGAGCUGCUCAGGGAGGCCAAGAUCACAGAAGAACUCAAUUUACGUUCGCUGGAGACAUAUGAGCGGCUCGAGGCUGACAAAAAGAAGCAGGUUCACAAGAAGCGGAAGUGCCCCGGACCCAUCAUCACCUUUCAUUCAGUGACAGUACCGCUUGUUGGGGAGCCAGGCCCCAAGGAAGAGAAUGUUGAUGUAGAAGGACUUGAUCCUGCUCCCACGGCUUCUACACUGACUCCCCAUGCUGGGACUGGACCCGUUGUUCCCCCUGCUCGCUGCUCACGUACCUUCAUCACUUUUAGUGAUGAUGCAACAUUUGAGGAAUGGUUUCCCCAAGGGCGGCCCCCAAAGAUCCCUGUUCGGGAAGUCUGCCCAGUGACCCAUCGUCCAGCCCUAUACCGGGACCCUGUUACAGACAUACCCUACGCCACUGCUCGAGCCUUCAAGAUCAUCCGUGAGGCCUACAAGAAGUACAUUACUGCUCACGGACUGCCGCCUACUGCCUCAGCCCUGGGCCCUGGUCCUCCACCUCCUGAACCCCUCCCUGGCUCUGGGCCUCGAGCUUUGCGCCAGAAAAUUGUCAUUAAAUGAAGUGAUGUCUA